CCCCUAGCGGAGGGGAGUUACACUAUCGGCCGUCUCAUUCUGCACUGCCUAGUGAUCGACUGUUAGGAAGCUAUCGAUUCGAUCCCGAAGACUGGCUUGUUCUAUUACCAUAGGGCAAUACCACUCCGAGUCUACCUUAGCAUCAAAGUCGGGAGAUUUCUGUUCCUACGGAUGGUUUUCGGUACCUUACUUGUUGGACUAUCCAGUUUUCUCGGAGGAGGUGCGUGCGUGUUGGGAUGUCGUCUGAUUGUUAACAUUGAACAGACGACAUCAGUUUUGGCGGGAAAACGUCAGCUCAGGAACCACUGUCGACCUGCAUCCGACUGAUCUUGUACAAGCGAAGUGAUUACGAUUGUAUUUGCGCGUUGGGAGAGUCGUUGAUGCGUUAAAAGUGAGGCCGGUGUGUGUGCAGGUGGAAUUUACAUUGCUUUGAUGGAGCAUGAAAAGAAUUUGAAAAGCGGAUGUUUCCCGUAAGGACUUUAAGAACGAUGGAUUUUGUUAUGCAGUCUGGGAAUAAUUGCUAAGGAGAUCACUAGAUGUGGACGUCAGUAAUCCGCUCCUCGUCGUGAGGCAAGCUGCAGUUGGAUACCUGGGUUCUCGCGACCAGUUGCUUUUGGAUAACAGGCGAGGAUGGAUAUUUCUUGAAGCAAAUGAUUCACCUGUUAAUGGCUUGAAAGAAGCGGUAGAACAAGUUGAGUGAUCUCGUGUUAGGUGGUUCGUCCGUCUUGAGUUGUGUGUUCGGUCAGAAGACGACUGUCUCGGCAGACGACACAGCGGAGCAGACGACAGCCUCAAGCAGACGACAUCCGUUCCUGUUGUACGUGCUGAAUGAAUUCGGACCGCGGUGAAGUUUUCGUAUGGAAAGUGUGAUCUGAUUUUUGAAAAUAUUCUCUUACACUCUUUUUGGAUUAUAUACACAGUUUGGAGAUUUCUCUUCGAGGAUGAUUGUGCCCCUCUACUCAAAAGCUUCGAAGUUUCCCUCAUUGAUUUUCUGCAGUGCCGGUGCAGGUUCGUGAUAGUGGCUGGAGAGAUAGGAAGUGUAGAGGACGAUCUUGUAUAUCGUGUCUUUGUGUUGACUCCGAUGACUCUCGCCGUGGACACGAUAGGUUGUGUAUGAGGAUAGUCGUGGGAGGUAUUUCAAUGGAUUAUUCUAUCCCGUAAUUCCCAUCAACAGUCUACAAGGAAGGCCUCUCUCUCUCCCGAUGGCUCCUCAGGGACGGAGGUACCUAGCACAGGGAAGUUUUCAGAACGGAAAGGGUACAUUCUUAGGCGAGGCCAGCGACGGAGACACAUCGAAUGACCCGCCACCCCCUAGCUCAAGUAGCUGGCCAACACUAGUUCCACACCUCAAUGACUCCGGCCCCAGCCAUCUUCUAAGCCAGAACGAUUCAACUAUGCAUCUUCGACCUGACACUGAGAUCUCGACGACGGGGUCCCUGCUAUCAACUGCAGACUUCUUCGACGAAAUAAGCUGGGGGCCAUGGGAGUACCCAUGCGAUGCGAAUGAUUCGUUGUGCUCCUUUAACGUGUCCAUGGGAAAUAGUACAUCAGGAGAAGGGGAAGAACUAAAGUAUUGGACGAUAGCGUUAAUCAUUGUGCCACUAUUCACGGUCUUUGGAAACAUCCUCGUUGUUCUCAGUGUGGUGAAGGAAAGAAGUUUGAAAACUGUGACCAACUAUUUUAUAUGCUCUCUUGCCGUAGCUGAUAUUAUGGUGGCGGUUUGUGUAAUGCCGCUUGCUAUAUAUUUGGAGGUGAUGAGUGGCAUAUGGUUGCUAAGCGACAUACUGUGUGACGCCUGGGUCGCUGCUGACGUAAUGGCGUGUACCGCUUCCAUACUCAACUUAACCGCCAUUAGUGUAGAUAGAUUCAUCGCUGUAACUCAACCAAUCAAGUAUUCAAAGCAUAAAAACUCUAAGCGAGUGUUUAUCAUGCUUGCUAUGACGUGGAUUAUAUCAGUAGCGAUCGCCGCGCCUAUUGCGCUCGGAGUAAACUACUCCGACAAACGCAUUGCCGGUGUGUGUGCAUUCUUUAACUCGGAUUUCCUCAUAUAUUCAUCCAUGGGCUCCUUCUACAUCCCGUCACUAAUGAUGAUCUUCCUUUAUUGGAGAAUAUACCGGGUGCUGAGACAGAGGGCGAGGAAAGCCAUGCGAGCCAAAAAGAUCAAAACUGUAGAUAAACGAACGCUCCAGAGUGUUAUAGAAAAUACGCAGGCCACCCAGGCCACGCAAGAACCUACUGUUACUACCGGGCUGGCGCGAAUGGAUAACGGUAAAGUAGCUUCUUAUAACACUAAUAAAUCUCAUAAAUUAGCGCCUCCUGUUGUGGACGAUACGUCUGUUACUAACGUUCCUUCCGCCUCUGACUCCCAUUCCCAUGACAACGAAGAUGAAAGCGGGGGGAACGACGGUAGCGGGCCCAAAAGUCCUGGGUCCGAUGACGGCAUCAUCCACAACGACGAUAUAGGAGGUGAGCUCAUAGCCAAUCCCGUAGCGGAAGCUAUGGAGAAGCAGGAAGCCGAUGGUGUGGCUACUACUUCCGGUCAGAGUGCCGGCACGGAAGCGGAAACGCCCUUCAAUUCACCUGGUGCUUCAAAAGGGUCCACGCCAACGAAGCGUCGUUCUAGCGGUCGUGCGGCAGGAGCAGCAGGGCCCAAAAAUCAGAAGGAAAAUCACAAAAAAGGUGUGACAAAGUUUAAUUUUCAUAUGAGGACUAGUCGGAAACGUAAGGAGAGAUCGUCAAAUAAACGUGAGAGAAAAGCCACGAAGACGUUAGCGAUUGUUUUAGGUGUAUUUUUAAUUUGCUGGUGGCCUUUCUUUACACUUAACAUUAUCAACGCCAUCUGCAUACGAUAUGACCUUGAGAAUCACCCUGUGUGUAACCUUGACCCAAUGUUAUUUAGCUUUUUUGUGUGGUUGGGUUACAUGAACAGUUUUCUGAACCCUGUUAUCUACACAAUAUUUAACCCUGAAUUUCGAAAGGCUUUCAAGAAACUGCUUGUUCAACCAUGCAAAUAACUGCACUGUGACCUUGACCUUUGAAAAAUGUGCCCUUCACCUUGCUAUGAUCCCAUGCUGCUACAGAUGACCCGUGUGGCAGUGAAAUGGGCCAAGUGAUCUGGAAUGGUUCUUGUCCAAGAAUAAUCAUUUUGUGUGAAUUCUUCAUGAGGAAACAGACAGCAGCUUCGUUGAAGGACAUGCCAAAUGGACACAACUGCCUGACACCUUAACUGUAUGGACGCUUAUGGUUGAGGAACAUUAUCUGUGUUAGUGUUAUACUAGAAACUAGUAUAGUGUGGGCAAUUAUGCAUUCGUUUGUGGAUCCAAAUUUGCCAUGACUGCCGCCGUCACCUGCUAUAAAUGCAGGACUGUUGUUCUACCCUUCAGACUUGCAUUUUGUUAUGACAUUACAUGGAUGUAAGGUUGGAGUUGUAUAUUUGUACGAUUGCCAGUUACUUUUUAAGUUAUGUGAAAAUGCAUCAUCAAAUGGCAUAUAUUUGAAUGAAAGUAUUUGAACUUGUUUGAACAACGCUUGGAGGAAGAUAUUUGCUGUUCAAAAAAUAACUUACCAUUCUGGCUUAUGGAAAACAGCGAGACAGUAACACACAACAUCAGACACAUUAUUUUUGCUUUUAUAAGGGUUUCGUUUCAUAUAUAUAUAUAUA